GGGAAGGAUGUGUUAACCACAUGGCAAAACUCUCUCAACAAUGCUUUCUGGUAUUUUUGGCCUUGGUUUGAGGAACCUGUAUAGGGUUCAAUGUGCACGCAUAUGGAGGCAGCUCAAUUGUAACCUUCGGUUUGCCAACAACGUCUUUGUCAUCUAUUGCACAUUUUACAAGCUACAGCUCGUAUGGUUCCAGGCAGAUGUGUCCUCAUCAACGAUGCACUUAAAUUGACUCCAGCGCACUGAAGCUCUCAUCCUCUCACCAUGACCUUCUUCAGCUCUUUAUUUGCCCUCCUCUUCAUCAGCAGGUUUCUGGAAAACUCUCUUCUCAGCGCUGAGGUGAAAGAGGGAGAGAUUCUUCCUCCGACCAUCCAGAAGCUGAUGAAAGGAUACAACAAAUACCUCCGGCCUUUCUUUGACAAUGGUCCCGUCACGGUGGGCAUGAGUUUAGACAUCGCCAGUAUUGAUACCAUUUCUGAGAUCAACAUGGAUUACACGGCUACGAUCUUCCUCCGUCAGCGCUGGACGGACGAGCGGCUGGUGUUUAAAGGCAAUAAGAGCUUGAGUCUGGACGGGCGACUGGUGGAGCUGCUGUGGGUCCCAGACACCUUCAUAGUGGACUCCAAGAAGUCCUUCCUCCACGACAUCACUGUGGAGAACCGACUGAUCCGGAUCUUUCCCAACGGAACGGUUCUCUAUGCGCUCCGGAUCACCACGACUGUGGCCUGUAACAUGGAUCUGACCAAAUAUCCCAUGGACAAACAGACGUGCACCUUACAACUGGAGAGCUGGGGUUAUAACAUCAAUGAUGUGAUGUUUUACUGGACUCGUGGGAAUGACUCUGUGAGCGGUUUGGACACGCUGAAACUGGCUCAGUUCACCGUAGAAGAUCAUUACACCUCAGUGUCCGAGGCCGUAUAUGAGACAGGCAAUUAUCCCAAGCUGAUCUUUCAUUUCGAGCUGAAGAGGAGCAUCCUGUACUUCAUCCUGGAGACGUACGUGCCGUCCAGUCUGCUGGUGGUGCUGUCCUGGGUCUCUUUCUGGAUCAGCCAAUCAUCCGUCCCCGCUCGCAUCUGCAUUGGCGUGACGACCGUCCUGACAAUGACCACGCUGAUGAUGGGCGCACGGACGUCUCUGCCCAACGCCAACUGCUUCAUCAAGGCCAUUGAUGUGUACCUGGGCAUCUGCUUCAGCUUCAUCUUCGGGGCGCUGAUAGAGUACGCUGUGGCCCACUUCUGCACGCUACAGCACCCCGACUACAACAACGCACUCAUGUGUGGUCAUCACAUACAUGUGUGCGAGGAGGAGAUGAACGGCAUCGUCACCACCAUCGCCAGUGAUUCUUCACGGCUAAAGCGGCGUAAAGACGCUCCAGUACCCAAGCCCACCGCUGCUGGAGAGCCUGGCCUCACACCCUCCAGCCCGACCACCAGUGAACCCAAGACCGCAGAGGUCCCAUCGGAGCUCUUCAGCCGUUGUGCCAAAAACAUCUCCGUCCUGAGGAAGAUCCUGAGAUCCAUCAACUGCUGUCAUGUGAAAAACCCACAUUAUAUAGACAACUACUCUCGGUUAACCUUCCCACUGUCGUUUAUCAUCGUUAAUCUGCUAUACUGGACAUACUACCUGUACUUUUAACCAGCGCAUCAUGCUGAAUCAUUUCUGUGUGUUAGUAACUAUGAUAGCGUAGGCAUGUGUGUCUGAAAGACCAGUAGAGACUCAACAGAGAAGGAGAAUAAUUAGGGUUGCACCGAUACUACAUUUUUCAGCAGAUACCAAUAAACCGAAUGAUGUUUGCCGU